UAUGCAUUGACCACAUGGAACCUGCACAUAAUGUGUCUGAAUUUGUUUUAUUGGGACUUACUCAAGAUUGGGAGUCAGAACAAAUCUGUUUUAUGCUGUUUUCAAUUUUCUAUGCACUUAUUGUAGUGGGAAACCUCAUCAUCAUCAUCACUAUCAAGAGCAGCAAAAGUCUGAUUUCCCCCAUGUAUUUCUUCCUAAGCUACCUUUCAGUUGUUGACAUCUGCUACUCUACAUCUAUAGCACCCAAAAUGAUCUCAGACUUCCUUGUUGAGAGGAAGACCAUCUCAUUCUCUGGCUGUAUGACACAGCUCUUCUUUGUCCAUUUCCUUGGUUGUACAGAGAUAUUCUUCCUCACAGUGAUGGCUUACGAUCAGUACAUUGCUAUCUGCAAACCACUUCAUUACAUGGCCAUCAUGACUGGGCGUGUGUGUGGUUGGAUGGUGUUGGGUUCCUGGAUAGGGGGCUUUCUGCAUUCCAUUAUACAGACUCUCCUGACCACUCAGCUCCCGUUCUGUGGGCCUAAUGAGAUUGAUCACUAUUUCUGUGAUGUGCACCCUUUGCUGAAACUGGCUUGUACUGACCCCUACAUUAUUGGCCUCAUGGUUGUUGCUAAUACUGGGAUGAUUUCUUUUACCUGUUUUGUUGUGUUAGUUAUAUCAUAUGUUGUCAUCUUAGUCUCAUUGAGGAGACAAACUUCUGAAGGGCGCCUCAAAGCUCUCUCUACAUGUGCCUCCCGCAUCACUGUAGUGAUUAUAUUUUUGGGGCCAUGUACCUUCAUGUACUUACGACCAUCAACAACCUUCUCAGAGGAUAAAACUGUCUCUGUGUUCUACACUGUCUUCACCCCUAUGCUGAACCCCUUGAUUUAUACCCUGAGAAAUGAAGAGGUGAAAACUGCCAUGGGAAAAUUGUGGAACAUAAAAGUGGGCUUAGGAGAUAAAUGAAAAUGGUACAUUGUAAAAAUAGUACUUUUGGAAACUGAGGUAAACUAGAUUUCACCAGCUUUUUAGAGAAAAAAGACAUAUUUAUAUUUUAGGCUAGUAGUUUUGCCAUGAAAAUGUCACAAGAAUUUCCUAUUUAUAGGCUACUGUGCACCUCUUGUAAUAGGAAUAUCUGGAAUAUUUAAUUAUGUUGGAAAAGUAAAGACUCUUGUAUUCUUUA